AUGCGCGGGGCCGUCCCCAGGCUCAGCCUGACGCUGCUGGCGGCGGAGAGCGGCGCCCGGCUCUGUGCCAUCAUCCACUACCUUGUCCGCGGGCAGCUGGGCUGGUUCGGGCUGACCACCGCCUGCCUGGUGCCCGGCUACGCCGCCCAGCUCCUCAGCAUCCUCUGGUUCCGGGCAGACGGACACACUCCCGGCUGCUGCCUCCUGGCGCUGCACCUCCUGCAGCUGGGGCUCUGGAAGCGGUACUGGGAUGUGCUGCGGGCGGAGGCGGGCGGCGGUGCCGGGGAGCUGCUGGCUCAGCUCGGGGAUGUCUGUGUGCUGCGGCUCCUGGAGGCCCUGCUGCAGACCCUGCCUCACCUUCUGCUCCAGGCUUAUGUCGUGGUGGCCGUGGACCCAGCAGGCUUCAUCCCUGGUGUCAGUGCAGGGCUGUCCCUGCUGUCCCUGGCCUGGGCUUUGGUGUCCUACAGCCACUUCACCUGCCUGCUGAAGCCUGGACACCUGAGCCCUCCAGCUGCUGUCCUCCUGUGCCUGCUGCUCUGGAGGACAGGGAUGCUGGGGACCCGGGUCCUGGCCCUGGUGCUCUUUGCCAGGCUCUAUUCCUUCUGGGUUUUCGCUGUGGCAGGGGUGCACUGGCUGCUCAUGUCCUUCUGGCUGGGGGCCCAGCAGACAGAUAUUGUGGCUCAGCCGUGCCGCUGGAGGCUCUUCAACUGCCUGCUGGGGGCCGUGUACAUCUUCUGCUACAUCAACGUGCGCCCCGGCCCCUCCAGGAGCAGGGUGGCUGUGUUUUAUGCAAUAAUGCUGAUGGAGAACACGCUCCUGCUGCUGUUGGGCACACGGUUCCUGCAGGCAGAGCUGAGGAGCAGCCUGACUGUGACUGGGGCUGUCAUGUCAGGGUCUCUAAUAGGUGCCACAGCUCUGGUGAUUUACUACAGCCUGCUCCAUCCCAAGUCCACAGAGAUCUGGCAGGGAUUUCUGGAGACACUCUGCAGUGCUGCAGCAGCUGGGGACGAGGAGGUGUCUGGAGAGAGCUCCCAAGCUGGCACUUUGGGAGAUGAAGAGUCCUUGCCAGGGGAAGAGACCAAGACAGAGCCCAAAAAUGAGCCCAGCUCAUCUCUGCUGCAGUCCAAAGGGUGUUUGGAGGACAGCUGGACAGAGCAUCACCACUGGCUGCUGGUGAAGCUGGCCUUGAAGACAGGAGAUCUGUCAGUGAUCAGCGCAGCUUUUGGAGAUGGUGGCGUGGGAGAAGCUUUUCCUGGAGGGUGGAUGAAGGGGAAACCCCCUGGUGUUGAGCCUGGGGCAGACUUUUCCCUCCCCAUGAGGGACAUCCCUCCCUCUGGACUGGCAGUGGGCAAUGGAGGAGGCAUCAAACCCAGCCCUGGUGCUCUGGGAAUGGCACAGGAGGAUGGAGCAGGGCAGGAGCCUGAUUUCCCCCCAUCCACAUCCCAUCCCAGUGGCUUGUCCCCAGAUUCCACCGAGAGCUCCUCUGUGUAUUUCAGUGCAAGUGCAGGAGGCAUUGCCUCUCCUGGGACAGGGACAGCCACAAGCAUGGCCCUGCUGCAAAGGGACAGCAAAGCUCAGCCUCCCCCAGGCUGCCUGGGAGAAGGAGGAGGAGGAAGAGGAGGGGAUUUAUCCCUUGGGAUGGCCAGCAUCAGCCCAAUCCUGGGUGCUUGUGGCCACAAGUAUCUGCAGAGAAGCUCUUCCUUUGGCAACACAGGCAGCUGUGGGGUGGCAGGUGCCCCCAAAGAGGGCUCAGAGCCCACAGGGACAGAGGGUGCCCUUGUGGGGUGCCAUCCCCUUUGGGACACCCACCCUUGUGGCCCACGGGGGACUGUGGUGAGGAGCAAGCUGAGGUCACCAUGCUUCACCUCCACCCCCAAGGCUGGUUCUAAAUGUCCCCAGCAAGGACUGGGGGAGCUGGGAGAGGGGACAGACCUGUCUGGGUUACCAGAGUGACCCUGUAAAUGGCUGCACUGUCACCUUGGGUCAGCCUUGGAGUCACUGUCUCAUCAGCAGGGUAUGGCAGGAGGUGGUGGAACAAAGGCUGUCCCCACAGUGCCCCUGCCAUGGGGCAGAUGUGCUCCUCCAUCACUGAGACAUCACCUUCCCUCCCAGUACAUCUCCUACUGGCACUCUUGAAGAACUUCAAAAGCCUUAAAAAGCCCUAAAAGUCCAGGGCUGGUUAUUUAUUGAGCUUAAUUAUGUCACAGAGCUGCCAGGCAGCCAGAGCUUUCUGCCUUUGGUGUGUUUGUGACAGUGACUUGAAGUGUGUCCUUUAACCAGUGCCUGCACAAGCUGCUGGCCUGUCCCAGUGUGGAGAUCUGGUUGCUGCCUCCAGGGGCUGCAGUGCUGGCCAAAGCAGUUUUCUCAGGACAAACAAGUGCCUAAAUCAGAAAAAUGAUGGCUUUUACUCUCGGAUGUCCUUCCUUCUGGGCAGAGUAAGGCCUCAAGUAAGGCUCAGCAUUGAUUGAUUUUUUUUUUUUUUCCCACCACCAGGUUUAUCUUGAGGCCUUUACCAACUUUUGGGGGUCACAUAGGAUUGCAGAUCCUCUUCCUGCUGCAAACCAGAACCUCAGAACCUGGAAUUACAACCAAAAGCCAUGUCCUGCUGCUUGCCCACUGUCCUGCUUCCUCAAGUGGUCUUUUCUCUCCAACCUCCUCCUUGUCCCCUUCCAGCUGCAGAUCACAGGAUCCCAGAAUUAUUUGGGUUGGAAGGGACCUUAAAGCUCAUCCAGUUCCAACCUCUGCCACAUGCAGGGACACCUUCCACUAGACCAGGUUACCAGGUUAUAGUCCACAUCUGCCUAAACUCAGCCUCAGGCCAAAUCUCAAACCAGUUCUAGUGCCACCAUAAAACCCCCAGUGCAGGCAGGGUUUAUUUGUGUCAGGAACUAAAACCAUCAAUACCAUGGUCUCAGAAAUAGCCAGUGCUUCCCACCAGGCUGGCUGGGCAUGGAUUUGUGCCCAGGACAUGGCUUGACAGGUUAAUUGAGGUGUGAUUAGCUGGAUUUACCAGCUGGAGCACAUCUGGCUGUGCUCUCCAGCUGUUGUCCUGCUGUGGGCAGGACUCUGGUGCUGCCACAGGGCAGGAAAGGCAGCAGGAAGGGCACAGGCAUGUGAUGAAUUAUUUAAAAAAUCUUCCAUGAUGCAUUCAUUGCUUAGGGCUGACCCAGCCAGAUGUUUCCUCAGGGCACAGAAAACCCAGUUGGUGCUGAGUAUGGAGUGAAGCCACAUUCCAAGGGGAUGAAGGCUCCCUGUCUCCAUCUGGACCCCAGCCCUUCAUGCUGUGGCUGUGCUCUGCAGGCAGGAGCAGUUCCAGUGGCUUUUUCAGAGCCCUUCUCGCUGUUUGAAUCACAGUAUUGCUUCCAGGCUAUUACAGGAUUUUUUAUCUAGCUUGGUUUUCUACUUUUGAUAAUAUACAAUUAUGCUUGAAAACACCCCAAACCAGCCUUUGCUCUGUCUGUGUCUCAUGUUAGAGGUGAAAAUAAGUCUAGAGGGGUCUCUCUUCCCACCCUUGCAGCCCCAGGAUGAGUUGUCUGUCAGGAUUUCAGUGGGAGGGUGAAGAAGGGACCUGGGCAACAGGAUCUGUGGGAAUGGCAUGAAAAUGUGUCAGGAAAGGUUAAGGAUGGGUGUUAGAAAAAGAUUCAGCCAGCAUAAAACUGUCCCACAGGGCAGUCAGGAAAGAAAGAGACAAUUUAAAGAAAGUAAAGAACACUUCUGUGCACAGGAGUCAGAUGUAAAUGUGGACUUUGAUUUCUCAGAGCACAUCCACAGUGCAGAGGUGCACUGUGAGCUGAUGGCUGUGACCUUGGAUGAGGUGUUUGUGUGAGGGUGUGUUCCCAUGGCUUUGCUCCCUGAUGAUGAGAGGUGAGCCAUGCUCCCCUUCUCCUUGGGAGCAAUGUGGAAAUCAGUUGGGAUAAUAUGGAUUGUCUGUGCUUAAAGGCUUCCAGCCUGUGUGAGAGCCUUGUUGCACCCAGGGUCCAAGUCCUGCAGCCACAGUAGAAAUAACCUGUAUUUGAUCAGAGAAUCACAGAAUGGGUUGGGUUGGAAAGGACCUUAAAGAUCAUCUUAUUUUAAUCCCCUGCUAUGAGCAGGGACACCUUCUACCAUCCCAGGUUGCUCCAAGCUCUGUCCAGCCUGGCCUUGGACACUUCCAGGGAUCCAAGGGCAGCCACAGCUUCUCUGGGCACCCUGUGCCAGAGCCUCACCACCCUCACAGGGAAGGAUUGCUUCCCUAUAUCCCAUCUAAACCUAUUCUUUAGUGAAUUCUAAAGCCCUGGUUGAAGUAGGAAGACUCCAGCAGCAAAUCCCAGCUUCAGACAUCCUUCCCCACCCUUCCUGUCUUCUGGGGGCAGAACUGAAGAUGCUCCAAUGACCUGGUUCAUUCCAGAUUUUUCCCAAUGCUGCCAGACCAGGGAACUCACGCUGGGAAGGAGUUUCUCCCCAAAACUCCUUGUUCCUUUGCCACCAGAGGGAGAUGCUGCUCAAGGUCCAGAUAUUGUGUGCACCUCCAGUGCCUGUGUUACAGAAUCAUUAAGGUUGGAAAAGCUCUGAGCUCAUCCAGUCCAACCAUUCCCUGCCAAGGCCACCACUAACCCAUGUCCCCAUGUGCCACAUCCACAGGAGUUUUGAAUCCCUCCAGGGAUGGUGACUGGAGAGGAGAGGGAGGUGCAGGACAUUGCACUGGGAGCCAGUGGGGAUGAAAUGGGAAGCUCUGGGAUACUGGAGGUGGAGUGCAGAGCAGGUGCCUGGAGGAAUGAGACCAUGGCUGUGGGCAUCUCCUACUUCCCAGGCAUCACUGGGCCAUGGGAAUGUUUGAAAAUCACUGUCAGGGUCUUGCCCUCUUCAGGAGAAGUCAUUGACCUGUAGAUAUCCCGUGGUGCUUUCAUGUCCAAAGGUGUGUGUGCACGGGGAGAUGCCCCAGAUCACACAGGAUGCACGGUGGGACCCUGGGGGUUUGGUAGAACUGGCUCCAGCUGUCACCACCAUGGUGCUGAAUCCUGAUUUUGGUGCUGUAUCCUUGGAGCUGUGCCCUGGUGGGUGAUCUGGUCACUCCACACUCUGGUCUCUCUUCACAUCAACCAUGGGGUGCAGAAAUCCCACAAAUCCCAAGUCACUGCUCUGUGUGGAGGCCUGGGCCAGUCCAAACCCAGGAUGGAAAACUGCAGCUGGAAGAGGGGCAGGGGACCAACUGCUCCAGGCACCCUGCUGGUUUUAUCUUCCAAAUGUCCCAAAUGCUUGAGGAGAGCCAGCCAGACCCUCUGCUCUUUCUGCAGCAUCUCCCAUGAAGCUGAUUUUGGAUGGGGAAUGAUCCUGAGCUAGACCAGGGUCUGCCCAGCUUUUGGGGAUGCUCAUCACCAACGUUUGGGUUUCAGCCACCCAAGAAGGGCUGGAGUGAGGAGUUAUCUCCAUCCCACUGCACUCAGGUUGUCCAGUGCUUUUGCCUGCUCGGGAAUAGAAAUUUCUGCUCAUUUACCUCCUGUGAACCUUUUCUUUUCCAUUUUGUUUCUUAAGAAAACCCUGUCCAUCACUUUAGAGAGGUGGAGAGUUGUGCCCCAGCCCAGGAGAGCUCAGUGCCACAGGUGAGAGGAGCUGUCAAGGGCAACACAGGAGUAGGAACCAAGCAUGAAUUUUGACAAUGCAGGGAGUGACCCAAGGGCUCCCCAGGAGAACUGGCUGUGCCACUCUGGUGAUCUGGGAAAAGGAGCAAACAGGCAGGAAGAGAGGCUACGUCCCCAAGAAAUUAAACAAUACCCAGGUGAGUGCCUGGGCUUGGGAACGUGGCUGUCCUGACCACUGAUCCUUGCCUUGUUAUUUUUAAUGGGUCACUUUUGUCCCUUUUUCAAGGUGAAAUAAAAUAAAGCAGGAUGGAGUUGCACCAACAGGGCUUGAGGGCGGGGCAGCAGCCCUGCCCCAGCAGCCCAGUUUCUGAGCACUGUCCGUGGGUGCCAGGUUUUGGGCUGGGUGAAAAACAUUCCCUCCAGCUCCAAAAUGAUGUAACACCCCUCCACCCUCCCCUCAAACUAGCCCAGGAAAGACUUCCCCGAAAAAAAAACACCUCACUUCCAACAUUGAAACACAAUACUUGGACAUCACAGAAAAUAGAAUUACUUGCCCUGGGGCUGUUGUUAUUUGUCUGUUUUUUUUCCAAGCUGAAACUUUGGAUAUUUUUUUCCUCCUUUAAUUAAAUUUGGUUUGCUGCAAAUCCCUUUCUGGUGCCUUCAGUGUUCCUGUAAAAGGCAGGGCCCAGGCUGCAGCUCUGUGCCCAUGGCUCCAAGGCUAAACAAUACCACGGAGAGGGGGAGCAGAGGGUAAGCCCAGCUAAUCAGGACUUGCCUAAUAGGACUGAGUGCUUAAUGAGGACCCAAGGACUGUGCUUCCCUGGCUGGAUUUAGCUGGAGGAAAAUGCUUUAUGCUCUCAACACCAGGUUUGAGAUGCCUCAGUUCUUUCUAAUGUGCUGGAGCAGUGUUUUCUCCCUUCUGUGAAUCCAUCCUCACUGGACACAAGACAGAUCUGUCACGGAUCCAUGGGGAUCCAGGGACGCUGGAGGAGCUGAACAAGACCCUGGAAGCAAAAUGAUCCAUGUUUUGCUUGAAGGGUGUUUUAUCUUUCAAAUCAAAACACUCUUUAUACCUUGAUUUUCCUAAGCAACACCACCAAAGGGCCCUGCCCACUCCCUUCAUGUCCUUGGAGUUCCCUGUGGAGCUUUGGAGGGAUUUUUAGGGAUUGAAUUCAAUAAAUAACAUGUUUCACCGUU